CAAGCAGCGUCCUCCACCCUCAGACCAGUGAAAGCACUAGAUCCCUCCAACACCUGACGGAAGGUGCGUCUGUCUUCUCGCCGAGUUAAGAUCUUUAAAAGAUCUUCUAUAUUUUCAUCCCAGCAUGCAUUACAGAACGGUGCUGAUGUACACUGAAAUAGGCUGCUUUGUAGCCUGCGCCUGCGGCUGGAUCUUGGUCUGCUCGACUAUGCCGACGGAAUACUGGACUUACUCUGAAGUGGAGAGUUUAGUCCUCACGUCAUCUCACUAUUUCUCCAACCUCUGGAAAGACUGUCUCUCCGACUCCACCGGUGUCUCCGACUGCAAAGAGUUUCCCUCCCUGCUGGCUCUGCAGACAUACAUUCAUCUGUGCCGAUCUCUCGUCAUCACAUCCAUACUUCUGGGAUUCAUCGGAUCCGCUCUGGCAUUGGUGGGGAUGAAGUGCACAAAACUUGGGGGCACUGAAAUCGUGAAUGCAAGAAUAACCUUUGCUGCAGGGAUCACCUACCUUCUAUCCGGUUUCUGCGGGAUGUUUGCUUACAGCUGGUACGGACACAAGGUGAUUUCUGAGUUCAUGGAUCCCAACUACAAGGCCAAAAAGUUUGAGCCGGGAGUGGCGCUGUUUGUGGGAUGGGGUGGAUCGGCAUUACUGCUGGUCGGAGGACUCGUUUACAGCAUCACUGCAGGGAACCAGGCCUGCAAAUCCAGCUCCAAGACCCAAGAGAAGUCAUCACAUCACAGUCCUUCCUCCGAGCCGAAGCAGAAGAGCCUGUACACUCCUCCGCCGUCGCCCAUCCCGGACAGAGCAAAGCAGACGCCAAGCAGACCACUGAAAGGGUUUCACCGCGUGGAUGCUUACGUCUGAUAUGUUCCUCUCAUAUAAUCUGGGACUGUUUUACAAUGUGUUUAUCUGGAAUACCUCUUUAGUGCUACUGCAAAGCUGUAAAGUUUAGUGCACUGCAAUGAAUCUUUCUGCAAGUCUUUUUUUACAUCAUGAUUGUGAUCGAGACACCAGACUUUGAUAGUCGCAAACAGAAUUAAUUGUUUGGAUAUUCUAGUCUUGUUGACUGUGCCACGGGUGAUGCUCUUCAAAUCUCCUUUAGGUCUGAUUCUGAUUUUAGAUUCCUCGUCUUCCAUCUCUUUAGUCCUGUUUAAACUGGAUUCACGAGUUCACACUUACAUAUAAUAAAGCAGAGUGAAGGUUAUGAGAAUUUAGCGUGCUGUCCAGGGGGCUCAGAAUUAUGGCCAGAAUUUUGAGAUAGGAAUAGUUUGGACUAGAAGUGAGGAGAUGGUGUGGAGGAGAGAUGCUGAUAAACUGUCAAUGAACAGAGGUAAGACUGCUGUAUAUACACCUCUUAUCGUUGAUUAACUGAAUGCUCUCCACUUGUAUUAAUUAGGUUAAUUAUCUGAACAUGCUCCUCCCAAACGUUGUUAAUAAAACAUCAUUUAUUCACAGCUGUUCCAUGUUAGUCCAUUCAGCUCUGUAUAAAUUGCAUUACAGAAGAGUGAACGCCAGUCCUUGGAGUUGAUUGGUGGGACACAAUGGAUCAUUCCAGCGCACCGGUGUGCCAUUAGGUGCAUUUGGCUUAUUUACUAAUGCUAAUGUUUUACUUUACCUUUAGUGUGUGAUGUAUGUGUGCAUGUAUAUGUUCUGCAGAGUCUAACACAGAGUAAAUUAUAUUCAAUCUCACAGAGAACACUGAUCCAGGCCUGCAUAAAACCCCUCAAAGUCCAGAUAUUACUUCCUCAAAUGUCCACGUCACAAUGUGAAUUAUGAGCAUAAUGCCACCCAAAAACAUUCGCAAAGAGAGAAGGCGAACCUUCAGAGAAUAGAAGUGUCGUCGUCAUGUUGUGGAGACACUGUGUGUCUGGAUGCGAAAGCAAAACCGCUCUUUUUUCUAACACUGUUCAUGAGCAGCGCAACCCAAAAGUUAGCUUGUGUACAGCUUCCUGAACCUGGGAGAGUACAACGCAGGCUGUAUACAAAGCCUUGGAAGCUGAAGCUGUGAUAGAAAUAUUUUACGUCAACAUGAAAUGUACAGAAAAUGCAGACUAAGGAUGCUCAAGUCAAAGACAAGUCACAUGAUUAGCUUAGAUCAUUACAAACCAAUCACCAGAACAAAUCACAGUGAUGAAGACAUUGAUUUUUACUCAACUGUAAGACUUAAAUGUGCAUGUAUCUUUCUAUUAAGAGAGACUCACUCUGUUGUUGUGACGAGUGACCUCCCGGCCGUAAAUAAAACUUCUUUUCUACAAUGAGCAACUUUGAAGUUGUGUCAGGUAUAUGCUGCGCAGCUAAAUAGAAGAUCCUACGCUCAAAAGACAACAAAAGUAACAGCUAAAGUGUGAUUGAGGUAGUGAUAGUAUCUUCUUGACGGGACGCCAUCACCAUACUUCAGGGAAGUAUUGUAUUGUAUUGUAAGUAUUCAGGAAUUCAGGGAAUUACCUCGAGAUACUGUAGUAUUGUAUUAACAACUAGGAGUUGUUUAAAUUGUCAGUGGUGAAGUCAGAUUUGUAUUGAGAAUUUCCACGACAAAGCUCACGAUUAUGGUAAGGGGUGUACACACGCUUGAGGUGUUUGGCCAAUCAUAACACAUUGGUUUAGUUGGCCAAUCAGAGCACUCAAAACUUUUCUGAAGGAGGGGCUUUUGUAGAAACCAGAGUGUUUCAGACAGACUGGGAAUACUGUAACAGAACACCCUAUAAACACAAUAACAACCUUUUAAAAUAGCGCCAUUUAGCCUCUUUAAUCGAUCAACGAGAUUUGCUGCUUGCAGUCGGAGACCGUUGGACACUUCUGUUUCCUGCAGUGACGCCUGUGCAGUGUUAGCGUACUUUAUCACAGCUGAAGAGGAAGAGAUGCAAUAUUUGUCAAAUACACAAUUGUACAAGCAGCAGAAAAAAUUUUCAUUCAGUACUUUGUUCAGUACCAGUGUUGGGUUAAUGUAUUACAAGUAACUUGAGUUACGUAAUCAGAUUAUUUUUUUCAAGUAACUAGUAAAGUA